AUGGAAUCUACAGCUACAAAAAUUAAACCGCCAGAAAUAGGAGCUAUUGAAAGUUCAAAUAACGUAGAAUACUAUGUUUCGCACCAAGAUUUCCUUGGACUUAUCCGUCAAUUAGACCAAUCAGAUCCUGUCAGCAACUUCAUAUUUAAGUUAGUCCCCGGUUUGCAUGGCUCAGGUAUCAGCUUUGAAAGUAUCGACUAUCCAGAUAAAGCUGGUGUACGCUUCCAGAGUGUCAAUUUUCCGAGUCACUUUAUUAGGCAUCGGUCUAAUAAUGAGUUAUGGAUUGACCUUCAAGAAGACACUAAUCGCUUUAUGAAUGACAGCACCUUCAAGUAUCACAAAUUUUUUAAAUUGUAG